AAAUAGAAAUAUAGGAAGCAUUAAAGACGUCCUUGUAUAGCCAAUGAGAUUAUAAGAGGAGCAGUUAAAGGGUUCAGGGGCUUUCGACGCAAACACCUGCAACAAAACACAAGCCAGGUGCUUCGUUUCCUGUAGCUCUCCGCCUCAUUUGGCUGAUCUUGACGCUGCUGGCUGAGGCGCUGUAGGACAACCGGAUAACGGGAACCGAGAAGGGGGACAGGAGCGAAACGCGUCAGUCUGACAGACGUAGACGGGGUGCUAUUGUAUAACACGGGCCUUCAGGUUUCCACUCCAGGCUGCCUUUUUGCAAGCAGCGUCGACUCCUUUCUUGCGAUUUUCCUGCAGCCUAAUUUAUUUAUUUAUUUUUCUAACCUAGGAGGUGGAGACGGAGCGCAUCAGCAUCAGCAGGGCUCGGCGUUGCAUCGGCCGCUGGCGGAGGAGCUGCACAUGUCGGAGCGGUGAGGGGACCGUUUGUUUCCCCGCCCUAAUACGGUUGGAGGACGGCGGGAGGAGGCUGUGAGGUGGCGACGAAAAACAACGCCGCAAAGAAAACACAAAAAAGAAGCAGGUGCGGUCAAAGAGCAUCCGUUACCAACGAGCUGAGAAGGGCAACAGUGAUGCGGCAGCCGAGGUGGGCCCAGAUUGAUGAUUUUAUGAUAUCAUCACUGCCAUCCACCGCCAGGACCGACCAGUGAUUUUACUGAUAAGGAGCAACAUCGUCAAUGAGAAGGACCAAACCUGGUAAUAAGCUCUAAACUGACCUGGAGGCCGAUUGUUUUGUUUGGAUAAAUCAGGAGGAGGUUUAAUCGGUGCUUGAAAACUGAUUUUCUCACACAUCAGGAGCUUACAUGAUCAAUUAGGAUAAAUAUAGACAGAAAUAUCCAAAUUUAGGCCCAUGACUUAGUCGGUGUGUGACGCCGAUACAGCAGCAGAGAGGCGUGUGUGGCCGUGGUGUGGAGAGGAGAGGAGACGCGCCUGUCUGAGCAUCAUCUGGUAGCUCAUCGGGCAGCUCCUCCACGGGGAUGAUACACAAGCAAUUUUUCAUCUGUCCGUGAAAAAUAGAAGAAACAGGGAUGCUGCUGCUGCUGCUGCCAUUUCCAAUCCGGCUCUGAUAGAGACAGUAAGGCGCACAGCACGGGACUGGACAGCAGAAAAUAGCUCACCUCUCCUCCGCCUCUGCACCUUCUCCCCCCUUUCUCCUUUCUCUCCCCUCUCCUCCCUCCCUCCUCCUCCUCCUCCUCUUCCUCCUCUCACCGCCACCCCGGAGCGUCUAUUCACUCUAAUCAAUUGAUAAUCCAUCUGUGAAUCACAAAGCCACCCACUCCUCCAUCCUCGUUUCCAUUUACCCAUACAUCCACUUAAACGCCUCUUUUACGCACUCGCACACAUACGCGCAAAGGCACGCACUCACGCACGCAUCACCCGCAUCAUCUCAUAGCCAUCAUGGAGACGACCAAGCUGCCUCCGUCCAGCCCGUCCUCGCCGACCACCGGCUUCACGGUUCCGUCCGCGGAGAAAGUGGACGGCUUUCCGCGCAGGUCCAUGCGCAGAGCCCGGCAGAGGAGGUCCCACAGCUCGUCCCAGUUCCGCUACCAGAGCUCCCAGGUGGAGCUCACCCCGCUGCCCCUGCUUAAAGACGCCCCGGUGGCAGAGCUACAUGACCUGUUCUGUAAGAAGCUGCAGCAGUGCUGCAUGCUGUUUGAUUUCCUGGACUGCGUGGCCGACCUAAAGGGGAAGGAGAUCAAACGCGCCGCACUCAAUGAGCUGGUGGAGAGCGUAGCCACGAGCAGAGGAGUCCUCAUCGAGCCUCUCUACCCUGAGGCGAUAAAGAUGAUCUCUGUGAACAUCUUCCGAACUCUCCCGCCCAGUGAGAAUCCAGAGUUUGACCCAGAGGAAGAUGAGCCGACACUUGAAGCCUCCUGGCCUCAUCUGCAGCUUGUGUACGAGUUCUUUCUGCGUUUCCUGGAGAGCCCAGACUUCCAGCCCUCAAUGGCCAAACGCUACGUCGACCAGAAAUUUGUCCUGCAGCUCCUGGAGCUGUUUGACAGCGAGGACCCCAGGGAGAGGGAGUACCUAAAGACCAUCCUGCACCGUGUCUAUGGAAAACUACUGGGUCUCCGAGCCUACAUCCGCAAACAGAUCAACAACAUUUUCCUCAGGUUCAUAUAUGAAACUGAGCACUUCAAUGGAGUCGCAGAACUACUGGAAAUUCUCGGCAGCAUCAUCAAUGGCUUCGCUCUGCCGCUGAAGGCUGAACACAAGCAGUUCCUGGUCCGGGUUCUCAUCCCACUUCACACGGCAAAGUCCCUCUCGAUCUUCCAUGCACAGCUGGCCUACUGUGUGGUGCAGUUUAUGGAGAAAGAUGCUACUGUCACUGAAUAUAUCAUCAGAGGGUUGCUCAAGUACUGGCCAAAAACCUGCACGCAGAAAGAGGUGAUGUUCCUGGGGGAGAUUGAGGAGAUCCUGGACGUCAUCGAGCCGUCUCAGUUCAUCCGGGUCCAGGAGCCGCUCUUCAAACAGAUCGCAGCCUGUAUCUCCAGCCCUCACUUCCAGGUAGCAGAGAGGGCUCUUUACUUCUGGAACAAUGAAUACAUCCUCAGCCUGAUAGAAGAAAACUGUCAAGUCAUCCUGCCGCUGGUUUUUGCCACCCUCUACAGAGUCUCCAAAGAGCACUGGAACCAGACCAUCGUGUCUCUGAUCUACAACGUGCUGAAGACCUUCAUGGAGAUGAACAGCAAACUCUUUGAUGACCUCACUGCCUCCUACAAAGUGGAGAAACAGAAGGAGUUAAAGCGAGAGCGGGAACGUGCCGAGCUGUGGCGAGGCCUGGAGGAGCACCAGGAGCGGCGGAUGCAGAUGCUCACCGAGGCCGCCAGGAACCAGCGCAACCUCCAGGAGCGAGGAGAGAGAGGGGACCCGCCCACACCCUCGUCCCCGCAGACGGCUCACUCCGACCAGCCCGAGCCAAAGCCCAGCGGGGCUUCCUCUGGAGCCGGGGAGAGCGCCACCUAGGUGCUGCUCCACACAGAUUGGAAGGCGAAGGGGUUAGGGGGGUCAGGGAGAAGAUAAAAAGUGAAAUGGUGAAAGUGUUGGGAGAACUCAGUCAGAAAAAGGUACAAAUGAAUCCACAGUUUUUAUAUCUUGUAUCACUGAGGCGGUAGCUUUUUGUAAAAAAAAAAAAAGUAUACAAACUCGCUGAUCCAAGGUAAUGACUGUUCUUUUUUCUGUCGGAGUUGUGUGAAACUGGUUCACUUUUUGCUGUACACACAUUACAUUAGAGAUCAGAAGAGGAAUAUCAUCCAUAAGUGCAGACGUUAUCGAAAAGCUUGUUCUGAACCCAAAAUUGGUAGCUGGCCUGCUUCACAUCAGUUUUGGACUCAAAAUAGAGAUGAGAUUUCUCUUUUGGUGCAACAAUAACCAAGUUAAACAUGUGUCUUAUUUAUCUUAACAUUUAACCGACUGAGUCAGAGUCUGUACUGUGGCCUCAUAUUUAUCUUUUGGUCAGAGGUGUUUAUUUCAUGCGUGGAUAGCACAAUACUUUAAUAAACCAAUGAAGCAAUUUCACACAAACGUCCCAAAACUGUUGCCUCACAGACCAGAGACACAAACCCUCACACAUACACACACCAAGACAGACGCAGGUACAUAUUUACUGUAAAUAUGAGAAGAAAGUACUACAAUGAGACAGAGCGUAUCAAGAUAUCGGUCACAUCUCACUUAAACGACUGACGCACCAUUAACACAACUUUCUUUUGGACACACAUAUACAUACAAACAUACAAGUUGACACCUGGUUCUGGCGCUAACUCCUCUCCCACUCUGUCGGGUUCCACCAAAGGACGAGCCUAAAGUCCAUCGAGGUUCAAUAACCACUGAUGAUGAUAAUGAUAUAAAGUACAAUAAUGUUCCUUCUUCUUACUUGUUACUCUACUACUACUACUCUACUCUAAGUACUACUGAUGAUGAUGAUGAUGACGACAAUGAUGAUGAUAAUGUUUUUAUAUAUGUAUAUAUAUAUACAUAUCUAUAUAUAUACACAUAUGUCUCUGGAUAUUUCUGUAGUGUAUUAUGGGAGAAACACUAGUGUAGCAGAAACCAUAAAGGGGAAGGCCGGCUUGAAUUCUGAAUUCACACCAUGUUAACUGUAUGAGGCCAUAAUGUGAGUGCCGAAAUUCAGCGGAAUUCCCCUUUAACAGACCUUAAAGAGGGGAAGAACAAACUGGAUGGGAGUGACUGAUUUUCUUUUCUUUUGACAUUUGGGAUGUUUCUGGUGCCGUGGAGCUGAUUUUAAAGGGUAAUGCAUCUAAAAAUGGAACAAAAAAACAUUCCAAGGGCUGGAACUAACCAUUAUUUUCAUUCUCGAUUAACCUAUUGGUUGUUUUAGAAAUUAAUCGAUUAGUUUUUAGAUCUAUAAAAUGUCAAAAAAUGUACAUUAAAUGACAGCUUCAAAUUGAAUGUAUGUUCUGCAGCCCAAAGAUGUUGAAUUUACGUCACAGAGGGGUAAAGAAAAUCAGAAAAUAUACAAAUUUAAGAAGCUGAAAUCAGUAAUUUGGAUUUUCUCAGACAAUUUUAACAACUAAUCGAUUAAUUGAUUAAUUGCUGCAGUGCUAAACAUUCCACCUAAAGAGGUCAUUGCUGGAUAUUUUUUUCACUUUAAUGUCAAGACACAGAUGGAUGAUUGGUUUGGGAUAUUUUGUUAAAAAAACUUGACUGUCAUUCAUUAAAGGGAUGAGAUUUCACCAACAUCCAACCAAAAAACAGACACAAGCAGAUCAGUAAACUCCGCUCGGCACAGACUUCACCAGAGGAUGAAGGAAGCGCACCUCAAGUGUCUCAAAGCAAAAGAAAAUGCCGUAAAUCCAGUUGAAUUCCCCCUCCGAGCGUCUGUUCCUUUAGGUUCAGCAGACCUGAUGCUGCUAGAUGGUUACCAUGACGAUGAAAACUUUUUUCAGUGUGAACCAACAAAAAUCUGUUUAUUCUUGUCUGAUCAUUACGAUAGAGUGAUGGGAUAAAGAGAGGGGGAAAAAACAAAAAAUUAUUUUAGCAAUAUUUUCAUUCUUUCAGGAUAAUCUGUGUGUUUUUUAGGGGGUUGAACAGGAUGUGGGCGUCACACUCAAAUGUUUACCCCCCCACUCUUGUUUUUACUCCUGUUGCGUCCUUGAUAUUCACAUUGUCUUAAAGGUACUUUUUGUGUACAUUUAUUUGAUGAAGAUGAUUUUGCUUGGUAAUUAUGUUGGUUUUUUUUCCUUGGUUUUUGUAUGAUAUUGUUCAUUUUGUGGAAAAUUGAUACUGAUGCUAUUUAUUUUCUAUUUGAUCAGGAAAUGUAACUUAAAUCUGAGGAUGAUGGUCAGGUUGUGUAUGUGUGUGAGUGUGCAUGUGUGUGCAGCGUGUGAGGAGAUGUGUGUAGAUAGAGUGAUUGAGAACGAGAGAAAAAAACUGUUCUCUCUUUGCUUCUUUUUCUCUCUCUCUCCUUCUCUCCUUCCUGAGGGACAGGGUUUGAUUCCGAAUGUAUCGUGAAACAAAUUGAUUGUUUUUUUGAUGCUUGAGACGCAGAGCUACCUGUCGGCUGCUUCGUAACCAAACAGUCAGAAACCCUCCAGACCAGCAGUUUUUCAAAGCGUUCACUUCAACGAAUGCCCGAGUCAACAAGGUUCGGAAAUCCUUUUUCUAACGCAGCUCCUGGAUUUUGGUUUUUAGUCGAACUGCAAAUGACUGAUUUAGCAUUUAUGCUUUCAGAUUGUAGUGCUGCUCUUGAAUACCUUUGACUUUAUAUGGGUUCUGUUGACUUACAGUGAUGUUUUUCAGGCUGCGAUCGCACCUAAUCGGCUUUUGCUUCUUUGGUAAAUUGGGCUGUGGUUAACCAAUAGAUGGCUGAAGUUUGGACAAUGCAUUCAUUACAAACUAACAAAUUCUUAAAUCCCACAUGUGAGUUCAGAUACAGAUGUACAGACCUGUUGUGGGAAUUAUUUUGCUUUAAUUCUCACAUAAAUGAUUGUAUAUUUCACUGAUUUGAGCCAAUUUUAAGCUCCAGACACUCCCCACUUUGUUGAUUUGACAUAUUCAUCCUUAUCAUUCAUGCAAUUUUGAGCUGAAUCUGACAUGACACACGAAAACUGAAGCUUCUGAGCAAAUUUUGUGCACUGAAGUUCUGAAAAAAGCAGGAGAUUUGGCCUUAACUGCAGGUUUUUCUCACACAUUUUUACAAUGAAAAAUUCAAGUUUGAGGGAAAAUAUGUUUGUUACUUAUUCUCUGCCUUAGAAAUGAUCCCAGGUUAUGUUCACAUGUACAUAAAUUGUGAGCUUUUUCCAUUCAGACUUAUCCAAAGACCCCACGCUGGGCCCUCACCCCAGAUUGGGAACCACUAACAUCCUCCAUUCUGGUCUAAAUACAGCUGUGAUCCACAGUUUCCCUUUGAUGCAGCAAAAAAAAACUGCCUGUUUCUUCUCUUCUAGCACUCUACGGCAGUGCAAAUGGCCUCACUUCAGGAAUUGCAUUGAUGGAUUAGGUGUAAUCGCAGCAUCACACGCCUCAAAAUCUGCAAAUUAAAUCUAACGGGCACCCCCCAAACACUCAAAUUUCGUUGGAUUUCUAGCCUUGUUUUGAUUCAGGCUGAAAACACUCCAAAAAACACAAGAGAUAAAACACAAAACUUGACCUCGCUGUCAUUAAACUCAGCUUAUUUUAUGAUUUUUUGUUUUGCCUAUAGCUUACUCACAAACCCUCUUGAUUGUCAACACGAGAACCCCAGAUCCCACUGUUUGGAAAAAUGAAAAACGAUCCGAUUGAUGCUGAUUAUUCCUAUUUU